AUGCCACAGCGCGGAAGCCGCGGAUCGAAGAAAGGGUAUUUGAAGGCACUGAGGAGUAGGUUAUCCCAUCUUGAAGGAAUGCUAGAGCGCCGAAUGAGGGACCAGCAACAAGGGUUUCCUCCAGUCGAGGGCAGCGGCCGUGAGACCAAUCAUACAUCUCCCCCUCAUCCCCCAGCUUCACAGGCUAUCGCGCCUCAUCAGUCUCGCGAUAGAGGCCCAAUGGCCGUAAUAUCCGCACCAGAGACCAUUCCAGAGACGAUUCCAUCAAUGGACCCUUGGCCGGACUUCAGCCAGUUUCCCCAACUGUCCCUUUACUCGAUAAAUCCCACGAAUUUCGGGAACGGCGUGGAUCUGCCGUCCCAUGUGCAAGCCGAACUGAAUCAACUGUACUUUGACCGAGUUCACCCGUCUAUACCUCUGGUCCACCAGAGACAAUUUAUGUCCCGGACAAAAUCAGGUGAGACACUGUCUUCAUCUAGAUGUCUACAAUAUGCCAUGUGGACUCUGUCCACCUUGUUCUCUGCUCAAUUUCGUGACUUGACCGAGAUUAUUCAUCAUGAAGCCAAGCAGCUGUUAGAUGGCCUCAUAGCUUGUUAUGAUCGGGACAGUUCUGGAGAUACUCAGCUUGUGCAAGCGUCAGUACUUGUAGCCAUCUGCGAGUCUGUCCGUGCCCACCACCAGCAAGCAUGGAUGAGCGCCGGGCGUAGCUUCCGUUUAGUACAAGGGAUGCGUUUCCAUGAGAUUGACAAACCCCGGAUCGAUGAUUCAAUGUCAUCCCAUCUAGACACCACGGAGACCGAAGAGAGACGCCGCACUUUCUGGGUGGCAUACUUGCUUGAUCAUCUAUUUAGUAUGCGCAAUGAUUGGCCGAUAACGCUGAGCGAGCAUGUGCUAUGCACGCGAAUGCCAGCCCCGGAGGAGGCCUUCCAAAGCGGUCACAACACUCUAGGCCCAUUUUUAUCUGAAGCAAUAGUAGCCCCUGGGCCUGCUGCUCCAUUCAAUGAAUGUCUUAUAUUGGCUACCAUUUGUGGGCGCAGCCUCUUACAUUGCCAGCAACACAAAAUCUCGCUGGCUUAUGGUGGUCUCACUGUAGACUGGGCCGCUCAGAAUCAACGACUUGACGAAACACUUAAAUCGCGACUCGAAGCCUUCUCCGAAUCUUGCGGAUCUCCAGCGACGAAUAUAAACGGUCCAUUGUCUGACUUUGUAGGUAUAUUUGGUCAGGCGACAGUGGUCUAUAUGUGCAAGGGGAUAAUGGAAACACUAUGCUCUGCCACGAACUUGGGCAGAUCAGAUAACGGCAAAGAGGAAAUACAACUUAGAGCCUCGAACGCGAUUACUACUAUCAUCUCGCUACUUCAGCCCCUCCGCGAAAUCCAUUUUUCCAAGAUACAUCCACUUAUGCCUCUUGUCCUGUUUUUCUGUGCUGAAUUCUUGUACAACAAUAGAACAAACCACGACUCUUUUCGAGAGCGCAUACAGGGACUGAUGGCUGCUCUAAGUAAGCUCCACAAUGUUAACGACCCUGAGCAAACUUACCUGGAUCUGCUACCGCGGUCAUGCAUUUCUUCCACUUCUGAGUGGCUAGCGAAUGACACUGGCGGCAUUAAUGAUAGAUAG